AUGCCACUGACCAAAACAAGGCCGUCGCCACGAGCGUCUGCCGUGAGCAGGUUCAGCGACGACACAAACAGGUCGGGAGAAACAGACGAUAGGUUCAGGUUGGGGAUGAACCAUGAUCAUGAGAAUGCGCCUAGGAGAAAGCGACAACACGGACGGCAAUGGUCUCGCGCAUCUCGGAGAAACACGAGCGUCAUACCAAACAGAUCCGGUGCCCAGAUUCAGAACGAGAACGACGAGAACAACGGGGACGAAACCGUUGACGAAUCUGGUGCUGUAGAUACAGUUCCAUCUGCAUCGACCGGGGGUCGCUUCAAGCGUCCGGAUUUUGUACUUCAAGGCUUAAUCACUCGAGCCAAAAAUCGUGUGAGGGAUCGCAACGGGAGAGGGGAGAAAGGCGAUGAAGAUGUUCCGUCGCUGCAACAGGAACAGAGUGACACUCCCAUCCUUUCUCCUUUGAGUAACGAGUCGUUCUCCCCGCAUUCUCCUCCGCCACGAGCCGCUCCCCCCGACCGAGGUUUCCGCCGCAAAUCUCCACCUGUAGCUUCUACGGGGAUAUUCCAGGGUACCAAGACUAAGACAAGGACUGCCACUAAGACGCCCUUGACGCCUACGUCUUCAUCGUCACAGUCGCCGUCACAUUUACCACAGGCUCUUAUUUCCCCGCGUUCACCUCCGGAUCAGAACAAGCCGCUCCCACCUCCUCCACCGACUCCGGGUUCCUUGUCCGACAAGGAAAAUGCUACUUCUCCCCCGCCCAAGCCUGUCUUGAAGCUGAAUCGAAUCAUGUCUACUCUCACCGAGUCCGAGAUCGAGAAGCUCUUCUCAGGCGCUCCUCAGUACUUUGCCCGUAGCGAGGGGCAUUGUUCUGGUGCCCCCAAUCCCAGCGUCGCGUUUCCCUUUGAUGAGGCAUUGGAGAUCCGCGACCUCACUGACCAUGUACAAAUUGAAGACCGAGCAUGGAGCGGUCUCACAGCAUGGCCUCACCUAACUCGGGACCUUAACCAGGAUGCCGCUGCCCGAGCGAAGGCUGUCGACUCGCGCAAGGCGCACUUCUUUAUCCGCUGUCGGGAGCGUCCUAAUACGCUGAGCAUGCAGGGCCUGGAGAAAGGGACUAUGGGCUUCUCAGCUGCUCUUGAGCUCGCUGUUGGCGAUGCUCUCGAGGAGGAGCAAUUCGGUUUUGACAGUCUCGGCAAGAAAGCCCAUGCUAUCGUCGAGGCACGUGAGCGCAUGCUUUCCCCGCUGGGUUACCUGCGUCGCCUUGCCGAGACUGAACUGAUGGAUCGCCUCAGGCGAAACUCUGAACUGUACCGAGUCAAUGAUCUUCGCAAGAAGACUUCUGUUCAGACUUACCAGGAUCUCUUCCAUUCUUUCAUGCGGCCAUGUAAUUCUGUUGUCGAUAAGCGCGACCACUACAGCUUGGCCAACCAAAUUAACGCCCUGAUUAAGUGCCUCAGCACUGCCAAUGUGUGGUUCGACUUCACCCAUGUUGAGUGGAGGAUCAGACUGGGACAAAUUCUUUGGGGAGGUGAAGACAACGAUGAGCUGGAGGAUACUUCGUCGAUUCACGAUACAAACAAUGCAAGUGAGCGAGCUGAGGAGAAGUACUGGCUCUUUAUGCAAAUCCUUGUUGCUACUGAACUGCUCAUCCGACUAGAUGCCAUCACGGAGGGUGAGGAAUAUGGAGUCGAGGCGUUCCGACCUAUUGACGUUGUUCACUUUGAGCGAGCCGCUACUCCGAUGGUCAAAUGGUCGCUGCAUCUUGCUCGAAGCUGGCUUGACAAUAUAGAAAUCGACAAGGUUCAAGAGCAGCCUUCAACCAGUUCCAAGACAGCGGAACCAGCCACACCUCCUCCAGCGACAGGUUGGCUGGGUUCUCUCUUCAGUAAAUUCACCUUCCGUCAGCACCACGAAGACAAAACGACAGCCAGUCAUAGCUAUACUAUUAAAGGUCGUAAUCCACAGCAGCAAGUGGAUGGGCUCACCCAUUUUGCAAAGAAACUUCUCUGGCCCGGAAUCGACACAUACGAGGGCCUUAUCGCAAACAAUGCACGUCGAUCCAUCAUCGGUUUGGUGCCAACUCCUACUCCUGCAGUUACUCUUGAUAAACCAGCCAAAAAGUCUUCUGAGACGAACGGAUCCAAGCGAUCGCUGUACUUCGGAUCGUAUGACCAGAAGGACAAGUCACGGCCACAACGACGAAAGCUCGCAGCAGCGCUCCAUCCUUCUGGCUGGCUUUCAAAAUCAUAUGUUUAUGGUCUGAUGCUUCCUGGAGAUGGCUUGUGUCAUUUUCUGAUGGCCACACUACUUGAGAACGACAGCCGUGCCAUGGAGCGUUUGGGCUCAUUUGCCAACUUAUCUGGAGGAUUUGUGUACUCAGGCAAGAGCUUCUGGAGCACAUCAUGUAUUGUGGGCCGAGUCAUUGCAGCAGGUCAAGGUUCCGCCGAAUGCAUGGGAUGGGUCUCCAGUGACAUUCUUCCUCUUGGCAUCGAUGAAGGCUGGGUGAAUAUUGAAGUGGAAGACGUAGCUGAAGAUAUGGCUCAUUUGGGUAAGAAAGCGAGACUAUGGGCAAAGAAGCGAAUUGAGCGCGAAUCUUCCAUCCUUGGAGAUGCGGAUGAAUACUCUUGUUUCCCUGCGGACUUUAUCAUCCCCCACGAAAACAGCUACUCAACACCUCCUCCCAUGAUUAGCGUUACCUUCCGAUCGCUAGAACUCAUGUCAUCCGAUCCAAACAAGGCUUUCCCCGCGAGGACAACUAAGGACCCUGAAUUACUAUCGUUGCCAGCCACGGUCAAUUUUGCCGUAGCCAUUGAUGGAUUUACAGCCGAGAACUACUCGCUCUCUCUGGCCUACGAUAUUAGUUUUGUAACGGCGCACCCGUGUUCACCUUCUCAUCGAGUCCGUUUCAUUAAAUCGCCAUCAAGCCCAACAAUCCAGCAAAUUGACGUAUCUGGCUCUGACACGUUCGGGCAAGGCUCUCGGCCUGCCAACCGCACAGGCCACCCGUUGCACAAAUGGUAUAAUUAUGCUGUCAUACAUAUAUCGGAGCUUUUGAAGCGUCAACACACCCCGCUUUCAGAGCUUCUUGCGGCCCCUCCAACUCACCGUCGUACACCGUCACGAAUGGGAAGCGACCGAGUUCUUGUUAUUGACUGCAUCACCAACUUAUCCGAAGUGCCUCAAUCACCCACCAUUGAGAGGCUCACCUCAAAAUAUAAUAUCGUUCAGCGACGAGGCAGUUUCCCUGCCGCAGAACAAAUGCAUUUCGAGUCCAGGAAACGACAAUUCGGCUCAGACAUGGAGAUUCUGGUUCGUGCGCUCUGCGCUCAAAAAGGCUGGAAUGCCAUCAUCAGCCGACGAAAGAGAGGAUGCCUGGCUUGCGCUAUUCGUGAAGCCGGGGCAUUGCAGUGGAAGGUUAUUAUCAGGGUGGAGUAA